AUGUCUAGACGCAAUCCACCAGGUAGCAGAAAUGGGGGAGGGCCGACUAACGCUUCUCCCUUUAUUAAAAGAGACAGAAUGAGAAGAAAUUUUCUUAGGAUGAGAAUGGGUCAAAACAGCAGCAACUCUAGUUCUUCAAGUGUAUUGAAUGAAAAUGGUAGCAGAGGGUCUCUUGUGAAGAAGGAUGAUCCUGAGUAUGCUGAGGAAAGGGAAAGAAUGCUCCUACAAAUUGGUGUCGAAGCUGAUGCCGGUAGGAGCAAUGUCAAAGUAAAAGACGAGGAUCCUAAUGAGUAUAAUGAGUUUCCCUUAAGAGCUAUUCCAAAAGAGGAUUUAGAAAAUAUGAGAACACAUCUUUUAAAGUUCCAAAGUAAGAAGAAGAUAAAUCCUGUGACAGAUUUCCAUCUGCCUGUCAGAUUGCAUAGAAAGGAUACAAGAAACUUACAAUUUCAGCUGACAAGAGCAGAAAUUGUUCAAAGACAAAGGGAAAUUUCUGAAUACAAAAAGAAAGCAGAACAAGAAAGAAGUACUCCGAUCCCGGGCGGUAUGAAUAAACCAGGAACGGUGCCUCUCAAUAAUACUGCGAGAGAUGGAUCACAAACGCCGGUUAUUGACUCUGCCAUCAAAGACAAUGCAACAAACGGUGUGAAUUCUAUGACUGCUACUGCAACCGGCUCUUCAGUUCCUCCUGCAAGUCCCAAUCCUGCCUCAGCCGUUGAAAAUAAUGCAGUAGUGAUUGGCUCAAGUGGUGUAUCUGGUACGGUUGCCACCGAUCCAGCUAACGGCAAACUUUUAGUGACAAAACUAGAAGAUGCAGGUCCGGCUGAGGACCCAACUAAAGUAGGAAUGGUUAAGUAUGACGGGAAAGAAGUAGCUAAUGAACCGGAAUUCGAAGAAGGCACUAUGGAUCCAUUAGCAGAUGUGGCACCAGAUGGAGGUGGUAGGGCUAAACGAGGAAAUAUGAGAAGAAAAACCCGUCAACUAAAAGUUCUUGAUGAGAACGCUAAAAAGUUGAGAUUUGAAGAAUUUUAUCCAUGGGUUAUGGAAGAUUUCGAUGGGUACAACACAUGGGUAGGUUCAUAUGAAGCUGGUAAUUCUGAUUCUUACGUCUUAUUAAGUGUGGAGGAUGAUGGUAGUUUUACCAUGAUUCCUGCUGAUAAGGUUUAUAAGUUCACUGCAAGAAAUAAAUAUGCUACCUUGACCAUUGAUGAAGCAGAAAAAAGAAUGGAUAAGAAAAGUGGUGAAGUGCCACGUUGGUUGAUGAAGCAUUUGGAUAAUAUAGGUACAACUACAACUAGAUAUGACAGAACAAGAAGAAAACUUAAAGCAGUUGCAGAUCAACAGGCUAUGGACGAAGAUGAUCGCGACGAUAAUUCUGAAGUAGAGUUGGAUUAUGAUGAAGAGUUCGCCGAUGAUGAAGAGGCGCCGAUUAUAGAUGGUAAUGAACAAGAAAAUAAAGAGUCUGAACAGAGAAUCAAGAAGGAAAUGCUACAAGCCAAUGCGAUGGGACUUCGUGAUGAAGAGGCCCCCUCCGGAAAUGAAGAAGAUGAACUGUUUGGUGAAAAGAAGAUUGAUGAGGACGGUGAGAAAAUAAAAAAAGCAUUACAAAAGACGGAACUAGCAGCGUUAUACUCUUCCGAUGAAGACGAGAUUAAUCCAUACUUGUCCGAAUCUGAUAUAGAAAACAAAGAAAAUGAACCGUCAGUUAAAAAGGAAGAAGAUAUAGACAGUUUAUCUAAAUCUAAGAAGUCUUCCCCAAAGAAACAACAAAAGAAGACCGCCAACGCUCAUGUACAUAAGGAGCCAAAUUUGAGAGUGAAGAGUAUCAAGGAUUGUGUCAUUAUUUUGAAGGGGGACAAGAAAGUACUGAAAAGCUUCCCAGAGGGGGAAUGGAAUCCACACGCUGCAAAGAUCAAAGAUAUUAGUGGAAACGAAUCUAAUGCUGUGUCUGCACCGAUUAAAAAAGAGAAACCUCUUGAAUCUAUAGUGGUCCAAGAGAAAGAAACUCCGGCACCUCUCAUAACAGAACAAGAUAUCAUCGACGCUAUUGGCGAUGGCAAGGUAAAUGUUAAGGAGUUCGGGAAGUCCAUUAGGAGAAGGUACCCUGGCGCAGAGAACAAGAAGUUAAUGUUUGCCAUAGUCAAAAAACUAUGUAGAAAGGUGGACAACGAGCACAUGGAAUUAAAAAAAGAGCAGGUUAAUCUAUAA